CAAGUGUGGGUGUAUUGUUUUGAUUAAAAUAACAAUUUUUCACGAGUAAACAAAAAUUGUGAAAAUAAAAAAAUUACAAGUGUUAUGAUAAGAAAAAACCUGUUUGAUAAAAAAUAAUAUUUACAACGCAAUGAUGAUGAACUGCAUGCCAUUGGCCCCCGUCCAAUUAGACGUAUCAUCUGCGACAAAAUUAGUAAAAAACGAUGGAAUGUUCAAAGAACGUGCUUUGAUGGCACGCAACGACGCUUGGCACCGAAUAAAAAUAAUUCAUGGAGGUAAAUAUGACAAAGAAUUUGUAUUAAAAUCAAUUCUCACUGCAGUGGAACCGGCUGACCUGCUGCCUGUACGUUAUCAAUCAACCGGCGUGGAUGACACCUGUUUCAUUGCACGAAAUUGCGGUCCGGCUAUUGAAAAACUCUGCAGAAGUAAUUUAAUAAUCAAAGUGCCGAAUAACGACCCAUUGAUUCUUGUGAUAACGUUGGGCUUUGCUUCCAUUGAGGAUUUAAGAGUUCCAAUCCAACCGAUGUUGCUUUCAUCUGUGACCAAGCGAUACGACGCUGAAAAAAAGAGCCUCAAUUUGAAGAACUUUCAUCGUCAUGAAGAUAUCGCUAAAGAAUUUUACUGUCCGUUGUCACAAACUCGUACCUUUGGUCAUGUUCUGAGACUGACCAAGUCAGCUGUGGCACCAUUCGAGCACCUGAAUCUUAAAAAUAAUGACCUGACUUGUCUUGCUGCUCUGGAAUGUCCUCACUUGUCUUCACUGAAAAGUCUCGACUUGAGAAACAAUAAUUUAUUGGGAAUGGAAACUUUAACACCCAUACGUUCGUUCCAUAUAACAGAGCUCUGGUUAGAUGGAAAUCCUCUCUGCGAAAACUAUUCCAGCGCUGAGCAGUACAUCGAGUCGGCGAAAAAAUACUGUCCUCAUUUGCUGAAGCUGGACGGAAUUGAUUUAGAAAAUUUAAAUAUGCCACCGAUUGUUGAAAAUUAUUUUCCUCAUCCUAAUGCUGAGAAACUUGUGAAACAAUUUGCUUACCAUUUCUUUAUGAUUCAUGAUCAGAUUGACAAGUCAACCCUGUACGGUCUUUAUCACAAACAGGCUGUUUUUUCUUUGACUCUGAACAUGAAACCUGGAGCUUCGAGGAAAAAUCUUGGGGCGUAUAUGACUUUCGACAGAAACAUUUCUGAGAAAUUAGAUUUAAACAGGUGUCGUGAAUUAUUGUACUGUGGAUCAGAUCAAAUAAUUUCGGCGCUCAAAAAACUUCCUCGAUGCCUCCACGAUAGAACAACCUUCGAGUACGACGUUAUGUACUACAGUCGAAAUUUCACUGCUGUUACCAUACACGGACACUUCAAGAUAGUCAAUUCUGGAGGACAAGUCUUGUCGUUUAAUCGCACGUUUAUUUUACAAGCCCAACCAGAUGAUGAGUUUCUUAUCAUCAAUGAUCAGUACCACGUUGAUACCAACAUCACUCGAUCGAUUUCACCUAAUUUUGAGAAGAGAUUGGCUGAAGAUACUUAUGAAUUAACUAGUAUGAGUACACGGGAGAAAGAUGAAAUGGUCGAAAAGCUGGCUAAUGUUACGACUAUGAACAAAGAGUGGGCAUUUAAAUUUCUACAAGAAACAAGAUGGGAUAUAAAACGUGCGAUAAUUAAUUUUAUAAAUGCUUACAAAUCUUAUAUGUUACCCCAAGAAGCUUUUUAAUAUAUUAUUUUUUUUGUAACAAAGUAUGUUAAAAAGUUACUUUGUAUCUGAUGUAAAUAUAAUUUGUUACUGUAUACUUUAAGAUACUUUUAUACGUAAAUUUCAUCAUUUAAAUUUGAAUAAAUCAUAUCUAUAAAUUUA